ACCGAGGGCUCCUGGUACUGAGAGUUCUCCCGUUCUCCCUCUUCGUCAACCGUGGCCAUAUUGUAAAUAUGGGACGUGUAAUCCGUGGCCAGCGUAAAGGUGCUGGCAGCAUUUUCACAUCACACACUAAACACAGAAAAGGAGCAGCAAAUCUAAGAGUACAGGACUAUGCAGAACGUCAUGGUUAUAUCAAAGGUGUUGUGAAAGAGAUUAUCCACGACCCUGGACGUGGUGCUCCUUUGGCUGUUGUUGUGUUCCGAGAUCCCUACAGGUAUAAGCUACGUAAGGAACUGUUUGUAGCUACUGAAGGAAUGUACACUGGACAGUUUAUCUAUUGUGGAAAGAAAGCUACUCUCCAGAUUGGUAACUGCCUUCCUAUUGGCUGCAUGCCAGAAGGAACCAUUAUCAGUUGUGUUGAAGAGAAGACUGGUGACAGGGGCAGGAUAGCACGCACAUCAGGAAAUUAUGCAACUGUYAUCUCACACAAUCCCGAUACAAAGCGCUCGCGUAUCAAGCUUCCAUCAGGGGUAAAAAAAGUUGUUCCAUCUGUAAAUCGUGCUUUGGUUGGUAUUGUGGCUGGUGGUGGUAGAAUUGAGAAACCAAUGCUUAAAGCAGGUCGUGCAUAUCACAAAUACAAGGCCAAGAGAAACUGUUGGCCGCGUGUGCGUGGUGUUGCUAUGAACCCUGUGGAACAUCCACACGGUGGUGGUAACCAUCAACAUAUUGGUAUGCCUUCUACUGUACGACGAGACACAUCAGCAGGUCGUAAAGUGGGUCUUAUUGCUGCCAGACGUACUGGUAUCAUUAGAGGAGGAAAGAAAAACCUCAAGGAAGAAAAAGAAUAAAUCCUUCAAUGUUUACAAAUGUCCAAUAAAAUGUGUUGAUGCAGUA